UAGUCUUCUUUAUAUUUUUAGUACAACAUCUGACUUUGUCUUUUUCUAAUUAUAAUAUAAGUUAGAUCAUAUCUUAAGUCGUUAAGUAUAUAUAUCUAUUAUCUAAUGCCAAUGGUUACAUGAAUAAUGAAAUAUUGGAAUUUGUAGUGAAAAUAUACAUAGAAGUUGUGAUAAUGGAGGGAAAUUUAGAGGCUAAUAGAACUAAUAAAACUCCAUUGCUGGAGGGAUGGAAGCUUAGCAGAAGUGGACGGCUGAGCAGCCGGUGUUUCAGCCGGCGUAACUCUUUCACUUCACUCCGGCAUGAUUUUAUAUUAAGGCUUCCAGAUAAGGUGAUCAAGUCUUGUGCUAUUGAUGCUGAAGCUUCAUCCAUCAUUGAUAAUAUCUCCAAAUCCUCUGACUUAACCAAAGGAGAAAAGGAAUACUAUGAAAGACAGUUUGAGACGUUGAAGUCAUUCGAGGACGUUGAUAUUGCAGUCGCAUCAGAUUCCAUUGAUGAAGAGGAUCUUGAAGAACAAGCUCAACAUGAGAGAGCAAUGACAAUCUCCAAUUAUGCAAAUAUUAUACUUCUGGCUCUUAAGAUCUAUGCCACAGUGAAGAGUGGUUCUUUAGCUGUCGCUGCGUCUACAUUGGAUUCAUUGCUUGAUCUCAUGGCUGGUGGCAUACUAUGGUUCACUCAUCUUGCGAUGAAAAAUAUUAAUGUAUAUAAAUAUCCUAUAGGGAAAUUGAGAGUGCAGCCCGUUGGAAUCAUCGUGUUUGCUGCUAUUAUGGCUACUCUCGGCUUUCAGGUAUUGAUCCAGGCUGUGAAACAACUAGUUGAAAAUAAACCUCCUGAAAAGAUGACUUUGGAUCAGCUUGGAUGGUUAUAUGCAAUCAUGUUAACUGCAACAGUGGUAAAACUUGCCCUGUGGCUUUAUUGCAGAAGCUCGGGAAACGACAUUGUUCGUGCGUAUGCAAAGGAUCACUAUUUCGAUGUGGUUACUAAUGUAGUCGGGUUGAUAGCUGCUGUGCUUGGUGAUAAGUUCUACUGGUGGAUUGAUCCUGUUGGUGCACUUAUCCUGGCUAUUUAUACAAUCACAAAUUGGUCAGCCACUGUGAUAGAGAAUGCAGUGUCACUAGUGGGACAGUCAGCCCCUCCUGAAGUUCUGCAGAAGUUGACAUAUCUUGCUAUGAGACAUCCUCAAGUGAAGCGUGUUGAUACAGUUCGAGCAUAUACCUUCGGUGUCUUAUACUUUGUUGAGGUUGAUAUUGAACUCCCGGAAGAUUUGCCAUUGAAAGAAGCACAUGUUAUCGGAGAGGGCCUACAAAUAAAGCUCGAGAAACUCCCUGAAGUAGAACGUGCAUUUGUUCAUAUUGAUUUUGAAUGUUAUCACAAACCAGAGCACUCUGUCCCCAGCAGGAUUCCCAACAGUGAACCUUAAGUGUGUCUUCAUCAUACAGGAGAAAUUUGAAUGUAAAGAAUAGGAACUGCCUGAAUUACUUUGAUUGGGAGCUCAACUGCUCCACUUAACCUUCUUGGUCAUGCUUGUGGAAUUUGCAUAAUAAUUUUGUGUACUGGUUCUCCUGGAGGGAGCUUUGGAGCAACGGUAAAGUAGUCUUCGUGUGAUCACGUUUAAGUCGUGAAAUCAGCCAUUGAUGUACAUCCCAAUGGGGUACAGCCCUUUCCCAAACUCUGCGUGAACACCCAACCAAUGGAUCGUUGAAGAUCUUGAAAAUCCUUUCUAGCUGUUAAGAGCUUUUAUCCAUUCAGGAUAAUUUCCUCUAUGGAAUUGUGGCAUCAAGAACUCUGUCAGGAGAUCAUGAGAAAAAUCACUAUAUCACAUCUCAUUUCUCCUUUAGCGUAUUUUUUGUAAUGCCAUUCUUGAGGGCGAUUUACAUUGUGUAAUUAGAAAUCAAUAUGGAACAGAGAGCUCCUUACUUUUUCUAGUAAUGGAGAAAGCCUGAGCUCAUUUCGGAUCA